UUCGCAUAUCAGUUCUUCUCAGAUCACUGGAAACAGGAAGUGUUAGUUUUCGAAUCGAUUACAGAUGGCAGCUUUGUGUUUCAAUGACUUAUUCUUCUGAUGAUGAUUAUGUGAAUUCGAGGAAGCAAUGUACAUACGAUGAGUUUUCACAAGGUUGGUGGAUUCAAUGCCAGAGGAAAUCAACGAUGAAACUGUAUUCUUGAAUUUUUCUUUUCGUAUAGAGAUUGAAAAGGAUAACCGUGUACUUCUUCACAAAGAUGAGGAACAUGACGACCAUCAAUUCUCACAGAUACAAUGAUCCUGAUCUUCAAUGAAUCAUCCAAACUCUAACUUCUAAUUAGCUUGUGCCUACUUAUGAAUUUUCAGUGACGGAUUGAAAGAUUAAAUCAAUAGUUUAUUGAAAAAUGGCUAUUGCUGGUCUACAUAAUGUCUCUGUUCAUGAUUCUUCAUUUAUUAGAGAAUCUCAAUCUCAAUCUCAAGCAUCAAGGCAGUUAGGAAAUGAAAGUAACAUAAGCACCCGGGCAUCCUCUCUUCUACGUAUAUGGCGAGGACUUGAGGAUGAGCAAGUGGUGAGAGGCACAGAGGAGAGAGUUAGCGAAAGAUCUAUUGAUCUCUCAAGAAAUGAUGCAGCUGAAAGGCAAAGUACUGUACGGGGGGAUGAUUCAGAGAAUAUGGGGAUGAAUAUCAAUGAGAAUGAUACUGACACAUGGUCCGACAUACAAACUGCUUCACAAAAUGAUGAUGAGGAUUCUGGUGAAUUUGGGGUUGUUGAGAGGGAGAGGGUUAGGCAAAUUUUUAGAGAAUGGAUGAAUAGUGGCGUGGGGGAACAUUCACCUAACGUUUCCCAAAUGAGUAACGGCUCAAGGGCAGAGUGGCUUGGUGAAACAGAGCAGGAGAGGGUGCGAAUGAUAAGAGAGUGGGUGCAAAAGAAUAGCCAGCAGAGAGGCACUCAUGAUGGAAAUGGGGAAGUCCAAACUGCUGAGGUAGGUACUCAGGUUGCACAAAUUUGUGAUGCAUUGGUUGGAAAUCAGCACGAAGGCCGGAUCCAGCGUGCUAGGAGGGGUAUUCGCAGGUUAUGUGGCAGACAAGCUCUCCUUGAUAUGGUCAAGAAGGAUGAGAGAGAAAGACAGACAGAAAUUCAACUAUUGUCAGAGCAACAAGCUGUAUCAGGCUUUGCUCAUCGCAACCGCAUUCAGUCAUUACUCAAAAGUAGAUUCUUGCGAAACAAUAGAUUGACUGCAAAUGCGAGAUCUGUAUCUGUUGCCGAAUCCGAAUUGGGCCUUUUAAGGCUAAGACAUACAGUCUCUGGUUUGAGGGAAGGAUUCUUCUCCAGAUUGGAUAAUUCUGUUCAAGAUCAAGCAAGUAGCCGGCAUUCUGACACCACAUAUAACAGUGAUGAUGGUGAUUCUCUAACUGACUUGAAUCGUACGAGGAGUUUUGAGGUCCUAGAUGAUCUUCCUGGACGUUUUGGGCCAAGUAACGAGGAAAGUCAUAAUGCAGGCUCUUAUAGCAUUGGUCUAACUGAAGUCAGAUCUGAUCUAGAAGGAAGUACGGUUGAAGGUAGGGAAGUAUCUCUUGAUGCGGUAGAAAGUACACAAGAACAGGUUGCAGAGAAUGGUUUAGCCAGCCAAACAGCUGAUAUCAACUCGAUGGAGAUGAGAGAAGAUUCAGGACAACGUAUGAGAAGAAUUUUUCAAGAAACUGCUGCAAAUUUUUUAUACUGUGAAGUUCCUCAAAUUGAUGUCGAGGACCAUACUAGCAUACUAGAUGUCGAAUCUUCCAUUGAACAAAUUGAUACCCGUGAGGAAAAUGAUGAUAUUGGAGUAUUAUCAGAUCAUUCUGGAAGUUUUCAAGACAAUGAUCUUGAAAAUGUAGAUCCGCUGGAAUCUACUUCUCACGAGGAACUGAAUGAAGAACUAGGUAUGGGAGUUGAGCCAAAUGAUUGGCAAGAAUCUGGUUUUCAACUGGAUGAAUGGGAAAAUAGCAUUGAAGAAGAUAUAAACGAAACUCAGUUGGAAAGCAUCACUACUAAUUGGUCUGGAGAAUUCUUGAGUACAACACAUAGAGGAGAUAUUCAUCUGCAAAAUGCACCUGGAGCUUCACAUGAAAAUGUUAUCUUUGUGGAGGAUGUGCCUAAUUGGUUAGAGGGCUCUCCUAAUCGGGAGGCUACAUCUAGCCGAAGGUCGGAGACCUUUUAUUUUCCUGAAGAGAAUAAUGCGCCUAAUGGAGAAAUCAGAGAACUUUUAAACAGGAGAAGUGUCUCUACUCUUCUUAGUAGUGGUUUUCGAGAAAGUCUUGACCAGUUAAUUCGAUCUUACAUAGACAGGCAAGGUCACAGUACCAGUAAUGGGGAUCUAGACGAGAUGAUGUCCCCUUAUACGUCUGCAGAACAAGAGCAAGAGCACGACAGGCAGACUACAGGUCAAGCGGGUUCUGUUGAGAGCCAUCCACUUGAUUUGCCUCUACCGCCUGCAAUGCCCCCUCGGCAACUUUGGGAUCAUGAAUUGAGUCAUGAUAGUUGGUCAAGGCGUGAUUUUCGUCAGCAGUUUGGAGCGGAUUGGGAGAUCAUUAACGAUUUGAGGAUCGAUAUGUCUAGGCUGCAGCAGAGGAUGAGCAACCUACAAAGAAUGUUGGAGACAUGCAUGGACAUGCAACUUGAGCUGCAACGCUCAAUUAAGCAAGAAGUUUCUUCUGCACUGAACCGAACAUCUGGUUCAGAAGGGAUAUUUGAAGACAGUUUACCAGACGAAGAACCCAAAUGGGACCGAGUAAGGAAAGGAAUUUGUUGUAUAUGCUGUGAUAACCAUAUUGAUGCUUUGUUGUACAGAUGCGGGCACAUGUGCACAUGUUCAAAAUGUGCUAAAAAGUUGGUGGAAGCAAGAGGAAAGUGUCCGAUGUGUCAUGCGCCUAUUCUAGAAGUGAUUCGUGCUUACUCCUUAUGACGAAUUAGAUGACAAUAAAAACAAAAAAUGAGACUAAUAGUGAGAUUCGUUGAGCUUCAUUCUCUUGUUCCUUCCAACCAUCCAGGUGUUUUACUGAUUCUUCUCGUCCAAAUUUCUAUACAUAUAAAGUUUAUAUACGAUGAUGGACGAUUGAAAUAAUAUAUGUAAUCUCUAUUAUUGAUUAAUCUAGCGAGAAUAAAUACGAUGAGUGGAUUUAGAAACUUUA